UACGCUUGUCAACUGUAGCUCCAGUAGCUUCUCUCCGUCAUGGCGGCCCGUGUCCUGCUGCAGUGUGUCCGCUCCUUCCCCCGGCCCUCGCUGAGGCUCUGCCCCGGUAACUUCGCACUCAGAGCCGCUGCUCCCACGGCGGCUGCUCACCGACCUGUGUCGUUCGCCGCAGCCGCCCGGAGGACGCGGUGGGUCGGCCAGAGCCCGGCUUCCUCGCUGGGUGUGUUAUGCCGACAGUACGGCGACCUGCCCCCCCUCACCCUAGAAACCAUCAAAGACCGCGUCAUGUACGUUCUCAAGCUCUACGACAAGAUCAACCCAGAGAAGCUGCAGACGUCCUCUCACUUCAUGAAGGACCUGGGGCUGGACAGUCUGGACCAGGUGGAGAUCAUCAUGGCCAUGGAGGACGAGUUCGGGUUUGAGAUCCCUGAUGCAGAAGCAGAGAAGCUGAUGAGUCCUGAGGAGAUCGUUCAGUACAUUGCAAACAAGAAGGACGUCUAUGAAUAACCAGAGCUGGUGACCUUUCACCCCCCACACACACACACACACACACACACACACAAUCACGACGUCCUGGCCUCGUCCGUCUCCUGCAGCCGUUUUGUGUUGGACCGUAUUUAAAUGUUCAGAGACGGAAAGUCGACGAUAUUAAAACAAGGUUUCAUUUUUUUUUUUUUCCUGCGGAUGUCUCGUUUCUCAUGAGUAGAUCAAUAAAUAAAGACAAAUGUUUAAAUUCCA